AUGGCGCUGCAGGAGACCGCCACCACGACGCCUGGGGGCGCGAAGAAGGGCGAAGUCCUCGAUGGAGGCCAGCUGGUGCAAAUCAUCGAUUACGACGGCGACAUCGUCGCUGAUAUUGGGGCUUGGAUGAAGAAGCAGCACGUGGCGGAUGCAGGGUUCAACUACAACGUCAUCACGAUCCUGGGGUCUCAGUCCAGCGGCAAAAGCUCGCUGAUGAACGCACUCUUUGACUGCAACUUCCAGGUGAUGGAUCACAUCCAUGGGCACUCGCAGACGACCAAGGGCAUCUGGCUGGGGCGAGACGGGCUCUCCGCGGCGGCAGACUCCCGCGCGCGGCCUUGCCUCGUGGUCGAUGUCGAGGGCAUCGACAGCCGCGAGCGAGGGGAAGACCGACAGACUUUCGAGCACCGGAGCGCACUCUUCGCGCUGGCCCUGGCGGACUGCCUCGUCAUCAACGUCUGGUAUCACUCCCUGGGCAACUUCACCGCCUCAGGCUACGGACUGCUCAAAACCGUCAUGGAAGUCAACCUCGAGCUGUUCGCCCAGGAGCGAAACACGCCUCGCACAAUUUUGCUCUUCGCUGUGCGCGACUGGGCGGAGGUCAUGACUCCCCUAGAGACAGUGAAGCAGAAAAUUGCGCGGGAAUACGUCGAGAGAAUCUGGAAUGAAAUCCAAAAGCCCCCGGCCUUCGAACACUCGAUGCCAUAUGACUUGUUUGACUUCCAGGUCUUCGGCCUCGCGCACAAGUUCAUGAAUCCGCAGCAGUUCGAUAAAGACGUCGAAGUCCUGCGCCAGACAUGGAUGACUUCACUCCGACCUGCGCGCUAUUCGCGCCAGGUGCCUGCGGACGGCUUCGCGCACUACGCUACCUCGAUUUGGGAGGUGAUCAAGCAGCAGGAACACCUGAACAUCCCGAACCAGAAGGAGAUGUUGGCGAUUUACCGCUGCCAGGAGAUCAAGGCGCAGGCACUCGCCGGCCUGACCGCCGAGGUCGCAGCAAUGAACGCGAAGAUCCAGAAAAAGGAAGUCGACGCGCCGCAGUUCUCCCAGUGGCUGAGCGUGCUCGCAGCCUCCGCAGUGGCGGAGUACCUCGAGCACGCCUCGCGCUACCAAGCUGACGUCUGCCGGCGCGUGAAGGCUGAGCUUCUGGAAGGGCUGACGGCUGUGGCGCAGCCCCUCGUGGACUCCUUGUUGAGCAACACGCGCGACAGCAUCGCGAGGGACUUCUCCGAGGAGCUCAUGUCCUCGUUUGCGGCGGCAAAGGGCGAUCCCCCGAUCACACUCUCAGGUCAGGCCGUGCUGGACGCGUGGAGCGGCUACAACGAGGGCACGGCGGAGCUGCUGCGCGACGCGCAGCGUCGAUUCCUCGCGGUGGCGGAUGCGUGCGGCGCGAAGCUGCCCGAUGGCUCACAGCUCGCGUUUGCCACAGACCUCGUCCUCGACGGCAUGACGCGCGUGUUGAGCAAAGACGUCGAGGCCGUGCGAGAGAAGCAACAGGCACAGCUCGUCGCGCUCCUCCAGAAAACGUGCGACGGCAAGCUAGUCGGCGUGUCUGACAGCCUUGCGUCUCGAGAGUUUUCGCCAGAGAAGUUCUGGGAGUUAUGCCGCGUGAAGACGGCCGCGGCAGCCGAGGAAUGCUUCACUCUCUUUCGUAAAGCCCACAUAGGCCUCGCUUCUUCUUCCUCGUCUUCAACUUCUCUUACGAGUCCUCGCAAGCGCGCGAGAGAGACUUCUGAGGAGGACAGCUUCCGCGUCCAGUGCCGCGUUCUCGCGCUCAUGCAGCUGCGCAAGCAGAUGCAGAGCAUCGUCGCGAACGUCCACGUCUUUAUUCUCGACCGCUUCCAGACCUUCUUCAGCUACGACCCCAACGACCAGCCUCGACAGUGGGAAGCGCUUACCCCCGAUCAGCUGCAGAAGAUCUUUGUCGAGGCAAAGGAACAGGCUCUAGUUCUCGUUCCCACGUUCGCGUGCAUGCGCCUGCAUCCGCUGAGCAUCUCGACGGCGUCGCUGCUUCCCGCUGCGGCGGAGAGCUCGCCUGCCGACUUCCUCGAUCGCCCAGAGUUCUCUGCGGCGGAGCGCGAGGAGCUGGCGCCGCUUCCGGCGCAGUUUUUCGCGCCGCUGUUGGACGCGCUGCAGGCGCAGACUGCGCGGCAGAAGACGCUUCGGCAGAUGCAGCAGAUGUGCCGCGACGCGCAGGCGCUGCAGCAGGGGAAGGGCACAGUUUCGUGGCGCAGCGUGCCGCUCUGGGGUUGGCUCCUGCUGCUCGCACUUGGCUGGAAUGAGCUCGCGGCUGUGCUGCAGUUCCUCACGGGGAACUGGAUCUUUUUUCCGAUCUUUCUCGUCGCGCUCGCCGCGGCGGCCGCUGCAGUCUUUACCGGAAAUGUUCAGGUCGCGCUCGCCAGCCUCCAGCACUUCCUUCUUCUCGCGAAAACUGUCGCCUUGCCCGUCGCGAGGGAGCUCCUCGUGAAGGCGCUCAACGCUGUAGACCCUCAACCGGCUGCGCCGCGGCGCACCGAGCGGGACUCCCGCGGCUCUCCUCGAGGCGCCGCGGCCACAGUUGAAGAACUCAAACGGCCGCAGGAUCUGCCGCCAAAGACCGGCGCCGCCUCGUCUCCGCCGCGAGCCGAAGCCUCGCCGCGAAGCAGGGAAUCCGAGUCCAUGUGA